CGCUGUUUGUCAGCUGCAAUAAAACCUAAAACAGAAGAAGAAGCUUUUAACAUGGAAACUGAAAUCAAUCACUGACUUUUGACAAGGUAAGUCAGACAGAGUCGCUGAUCUUUUCAGCCAGAAGCAGAGCAGCCUGCAGUCUGUGAGGAGCAGCAGGUGAAGCAGGUGCUGACAGAGACGGAGCCGAGGAGGAGGACCGGUUCACCUGUGCAGAGAAGGAUCAGAGAACGAGGAGGAGGACUAGGAUGGCUGGCUUUCUGGACAACUUCCGCUGGCCAGAGUGCGAAUGCAUCGACUGGGGGGAGAGGAGGAACGCGGUGGCUUCUAUUGUCGCAGGAGUGCUGUUCUUCACGGGCUGGUGGAUCAUGAUCGACGCGGCGGUGACGUAUCCUUCCCAGGAGCAGCUGAACCACGCCUUCCACACAUGCGGCGUCUUCUCCACCAUAGCGUUCUUCUUGAUCAACGCGGUUUCUAACGGCCAGGUGAGAGGAGACAUGUAUGGAGAGGGCUGCCUCGGCAGGACAGGAGCUCGUCUCUGGCUGUUCCUCGGCUUCAUGAUGAUGUUCGGUUCGCUCAUCGCUUCCAUCUGGAUCCUGUUCGGCGGCUACGUCGUGCCAAAGAAAGAAGUGGCACCAGGGCUGGCUGUGUUCUUUCAGAAUGCCUUCAUCUUUUUUAGCACUCUGAUCUACAAGUUCGGCCGGACUGAAGAUUUGUGGGGUUAAAGGGUCUUAAUCUACUCACACACAGAGUCUUUAAAUGGUUUUAUAAUCUGUUGUUUUAGAUUAAAAAGCUAUAGAAACUCCACUCCAACACACACACACACACACACGAAUUCACAGAAAGUUUUAUAUCCUGCAAAGAGCUGCAACUGUUUCCACUGGUGAUUAUUCUGUCAAUUAUUUUCUCGAUUAGUUGUUUGAUCUAUAAAAUGUGAAAAUGGUGAAAAAAUGAUUUCCUAAAGCUCAAGAAGACGUCCUCAAAUGUCUCGUUUCAGUCAAAAAUCUAAAGUUAUUCAGUGUUAUAUUCAUGAUACAUUAUAUUUAUUUGAGAGGCUCAAACCUUUCUUUUUUUUUUCUUAAUCAAUUAUCAGAAUACGAAUCGUUGCAGCUCUCCACCUGCUUUGCUUAUUAAAUAGAAACACACACACAGUGUUCUCGCUGUUUUUAGUAGUUUUUAGGGAGUGAAAGGAGAAAUAGUUCAUUUGUUCAGAUGCAUUUUCAUUCUUCUCCAGAUUUUAUUCACACUGUGUCUCUGCUGUUAUUGAGAAAAUCCCUUUUUUUGAAAGCAGUGUUUGUAUUUUAAAUGAAUGAGGGAAUUAAUGUUUCUUAUUGUGAAUGAGCAGCAGUUUUAUUGUUCAGUUGGGGGGAUUUACAGUGUAAAUUCACUGUAGUGAAUCAGAAAAAGGGAAAUCCUCUUUUAUUUGAUGUUUUCAGAUAACUUGUGUGGGAUAAUUUAUUGAUUUAAAUACAUUUUUGAAGUGGAUGUGAGUGUAAACACACAACCGCAGAGGGAACAAAAGCCUCUUCUUCUUCUGUCUCUGCUGAAGCUGCUCUUCUUCUUCUUAUUAUUAGUAUUAUGAAAUGCUGGUAUGUCAAAGGUUCAACAUAUGCACUGGAUUAUCAGAGUGUUUCUGUUCAUGGGUUUGAUUCCCGUCGACAGAUUUACUCGCUGUCGUUCUGCCUCAGGAUGUGUGUUUUUUUUUUAAAUUGUCAGUUUUGUCCUCAUGUAGUUUGUCCUUGUUUUUACCAAAAAAGUCCUGUAAACUGAGAUGUAUGUAUUCAGAUGCUUUUAAGUUUUUUUGUAGCCAUUUUAAUUAUUUAAGUAUGGAACAAAUUUUGUGAAUCCAGACACCAGUAGUGAAAGUAUUAAAGGACUUGUAACAAACUUUA